AUGUGGUCUCCAGAGUGCCCAGGUUGGUGGGGAGUCAGAAGUGAACACUACCAGCCUGAGCCAGGGCCCUGCAAGGGGCUGAGAAAUAAGAAUGUCUAAGCCCCUGGAGGCCGAGAAGCAAGGUCUGGACUCCCCACCAGAGCACACAGACACUGAAAGAAAUGGACCAGACACUAACCACCAGAACCCCCAGAAUAAGACCUCCCCAUUCUCCGUGUCCCCAACUGGCCCAAGCACCAAGGUGGGCAUUCUCUCUGGCCUCCACUUAACAUUCUGGGGUCCCGGACCCUGCCUCUCUCCCCCCCAGAUCAAGGCUGAAGACCCCAGUGGCGACUCAGCCCCAGCAGCACCCCCGCCCCCUCAACCGGCUCAGCCUCAUCUGCCCCAGGCCCAACUCAUGUUGACAGGCAGCCAGCUAGCUGGGCUCACUGCACUGAUGCCAGCUCAGCAGCAGCUCCUCCUACAGCAAGCCCAGGCCCAGCUCCUGGCCGCCGCCGUGCAGCAGUCCAAUGCCGCCGCUGCCGCUAACGCCGCUGCCGCCGCCGCCGCCUCCUCCACCUCCUCCUCCUCUACUUCCUCCGCCUCCUCCUCGACCUCACAGCCCCCAGCUUCCUCUGGGGGAGGCGACCUGCCACCACCACAGCCUGCCAGCCAGCCCCCUGGGACCCCACAGCUCACCUUGUCCCAACCCAUCCAGCUCACAGCACAGGACAUACAGCAGCUCCUCCAGCUUCAGCAGCUGGUGCUUGUGCCCGGCCACCACCUCCAACCACCUGCUCAGUUCCUGCUGCCGCAGGCCCAGCAGGGUCAGCCAGGCCUGCUACCGACGCCAAAUCUAUUCCAGCUACCUCAGCAAACCCAGGGAGCUCUUCUAACCUCCCAGCCCCGGGCCGGGCUACCCACACAGCCCCCCAAAUGCUUGGAGCCACCAUCCCACCCCGAGGAGCCAAGCGAUCUGGAGGAGCUGGAGCAGUUCGCCCGUACCUUCAAGCAACGCCGCAUCAAGCUGGGCUUCACGCAGGGUGAUGUGGGCCUGGCUAUGGGCAAGCUUUACGGCAACGACUUCAGCCAGACGACCAUAUCCCGCUUCGAGGCCCUCAACCUGAGCUUCAAGAACAUGUGCAAACUCAAGCCCCUGCUGGAGAAGUGGCUCAACGACGCAGAGACUAUGUCUGUGGACUCAAGCCUGCCCAGCCCCAACCAGCUGAGCAGCCCCAGCCUGGGUUUUGAUGGGCUGCCUGGCCGGAGACGCAAGAAGAGGACCAGCAUCGAGACAAACGUCCGCUUCGCCUUAGAGAAGAGUUUUCUAGCGAACCAGAAGCCUACCUCAGAGGAGAUCCUGCUGAUCGCCGAGCAGCUGCACAUGGAGAAGGAAGUGAUCCGGGUCUGGUUCUGCAACCGGCGCCAGAAGGAGAAGCGCAUCAACCCCUGCAGCGCCGCCCCCAUGCUGCCCAGCCCGGGGAAGCCGGCCAGCUACAGCCCCCAUCUGGUCACACCCCAAGGGGGCGCAGGGACCAUGCCAUUGUCCCAAGCUUCCACGAGUCUGAGCACAACAGUUACUACCUUAUCCUCAGCUGUGGGGACGCUCCACCCCAGCCGGACAGCCGGAGGGAGUGGGGGCGGGGGCGGGGCUGCGCCCCCCCUCAAUUCCAUACCCUCUGUCACUCCCCCACCCCCGGCCACCACCAACAGCACAAACCCCAGCCCUCAAGGCAGCCACUCGGCUAUCGGCUUGUCGGGCCUGAACCCCAGCACAGGAAGCACAAUGGUGGGGUUGAGCUCCGGGCUGAAUCCAGCCCUCAUGAGCAACAACCCUUUGGCCACUAUCCAAGCCCUGGCCUCUGGUGGAACCCUGCCCCUUACCAGCCUUGAUGGCAGCGGGAACCUGGUGCUGGGGGCGGCCGGUGCGGCCCCGGGGAGCCCUGGCCUGGUGACCUCGCCGCUCUUCUUGAACCACGCCGGGCUGCCCCUGCUCAGCGCCCCGCCUGGCGUGGGCCUGGUCUCGGCAGCUGCUGCAGCCGUGGCGGCCUCCAUCUCCAGCAAGUCUCCUGGCCUCUCCUCUUCUUCCUCUUCAUCUUCGUCCUCCUCCUCUACGUGCAGCGAGGCGGCAGCACAGACCCCUGGAGGCCCAGGGGGGCCCGAGGCAGGGUCUAAGCCGGAAUGA